AUGAGCUGGCAGGCAUACAUCGAUGACCACCUCUUGGCGGAGCUGCCUGGGGGCGGAGUCCUGGCUCACGCAGCGAUCCUGGGGCACGAUGGCGGGGUGUGGGCCUCCAGCCCCGACUUCCCCGACAUCACAGAAGCGGAGGUGGAUGCCAUCGUCGCAGGGUUCGACGACUCAUCCGCCCUGGCGGUGAACGGCCUGCGCAUCGGCGGGGAGAAGUAUAUGGUGGUGGCAGGGGAGCCAGGAGAGGCCAUUCGAGGGAAGAAGGGCUCAGGCGGUGUGACCAUCAAGAAGACGACGACUGCUCUUGUCUUCGGCAUCUAUGGAGAAGGUGUCACGGGCUCAGAGUGCAAUGUUGUCGUCGAGAACCUGGGCGACUACCUGAAGGAUCAGGGAAUCUAG